AUGGCCGGCGCAACGAUGAGAGAGAUGGACAAGGACAAGCCGGCGACGAUUUCACAAGAUGGUCUGGAACAUGACCAGAAGCGGCGGCGACGGCGACGGCAUUCGGACCCGAGCCGGUACGAAAUUCUCUGUGCCCGCUCACUACUCCUAUGGCUGAUUGCCAGCGGCGGGACGGGCUUGACCAUCGGAAUCAUCCUAGUCAUUACGUGGGCUGCCCAGCCCAAGGCCAUGCGACCAACUCAGUCGCACAACUUCAUUUCCAUAAAUCCCAUCGCUACGUCAAGCCCGUCUCCGGACACGUACCUCAAUGACUACGCAAAAUCCGUCAUCCCCGUACCGGUGCAUUCGCACAAUGACUACUGGCGGCCGCAUCCAUUAUACUCGGCCCUCGCGGCCGGCUGCAUGAGCGUUGAAGCCGAUGUAUGGCUGAGCCCAAAUGGAAGCGACCUCUACGUUGGCCAUCGCCGUUCGUCGCUAUCAGCAAGCCGAACUCUGCAAACACUCUAUCUCAAUCCGAUCAAGGAGAUUCUCGACAAGUUGAAUCCUGACAACGUCACUGACCUCGAUGGCGGGCCGAAUGGCGUGUUUCACACGGCACCUGAUACCACAUUAGUUCUCCUCAUUGACGUCAAGGGAAACGCAACAGACAUCUGGCCCGUAGUUGACAAACAGCUGGAACCCCUCCGCAAAAGCGGCUACCUCUCCACGCUUGAAUACAGCAACGGCACAUCCAGCUCGAAGUCGGCGCCCGUCUUCAAGCAAGGUCCCGUCACCGUCGUCGCGUCUGGCAAUAUCGGCAAGUCGAAUGUCACGGGAGUCGGAUGCGACGCCCUGAAUCGGUACAAGGACAGCUUCCUCGAUGCACCCAUUGAUGCGCUUGUCGACGACGCCAACUUGGGUAAACUUGCAGACUGCCAGGUGGACUCUCUUCUGGACCGACCGCUUGCCAAGUUUUACACGGCAUCGGCGCCACUGAUGCAUACCUUCAGGCCAACCAACAGUGGCCUUUCGAGCAGUCAAAAAGACCACGUUCGAGCUGCCCUGCAAGCCGCGGCGGCCAAGAAUCUAACGUCGAGAUACUGGUCUCUGCCGUCGUGGCCCAUUUCACGACGAGACUAUGUUUGGCAGUUCUUGGUGGACGAGGGCGUCGGUCUGUUAAACGCCGAUGACAUUGAGAGUGCGACGAGGCUGGAGUGGAACCGGGCCUACAAGGCCGAGCUUGUCUGGAUUGGCAUCUCAUCGGCCUACAUAUUUUUUGCUUCCUUGUUGUUUGCCUACUUGUACGAUAGGUCGAGUAAGAACAAGUCGAAAACGGCAGCACAGGAGUCGGCAUAG